AUGGGCAGUUACCUGGGCAAACUGGGGCCCUGGCCGCCCCCGGCAGAGGGACGCGCGGAUCUGCCCCAAAGGCCGGUGACCCGCCGGUCCUCCCAGGCCCUUCACCAGGUCCACCGGGUUCAGCACGUCCAUCGCGCCCACCCUGCCCCGCGGCUCAGACCUGCGAGAAGGCCGAGGACCUGGGACCCUGCCAAUCCCGCCUCGUGGGCAGUGAAUGAGGCCUGGAAGCGCUUUCCCAUGAAGCGGCCCCAGAAUUCCAUCGUGGGGCCUCUUCCCUCGGACUGGUGGGAAAGUUACUUAAAGCGGACUAUCUGGUCUCUCCGGCACCCCAGGGCAGUGUGGAGCCCGGUGACCGUCACGAUCACCCCUCGGAGAGGGCUCCCCGCUGCGGCCCCAGCACAAGCCAUCAGCUUCGCGGGGCCCUCACUCUGGGAGAAGCCUCCAGACCCACGUGCAAAGGAGACAGUGCUCAGGGCCCUCAGAGAGCGUAGGAACGGGAGACUGCGGGUGGAAGAGCCACCGUCCCCGACCCCGACCGCGUCCCCUGGAAGGUCGUGUAGAAAGGGAAGGAGUCUGGAUGCCAGACCAUCUGCAUUUAAGCCUCUGCCGAGAAGCGGAGACCUUGCUUCCUUUGUGCCGAGCCUCGGGCCUCUGAAGAGAAGCCUGGACUCCUGGAGCUCAGACCACAGCCUGAGGAGGAGGCCCAGUUCCUCCUCUGGGAGCUCCCCGGCCAGCGCCCGUGCAGGUGGCCCCCUCAGCUCCAAAAGAAAUGCGAUUACAAGUUCUUAUAGCUCUUCCCGAGAUCUCUCCGAGCCCAGGAAGAGAAGCGUUCUCUGUGCAUCCUUCCAGAUGCCCGAGUGGCCAGUGAAAAAGAGAGCAGGUCAGCAGGGUCGCUCUCCAGCCCCACUGGCGCCAGAGGAGUCCCCAGCAGUGCCUGGCAGCACUGGGGAGCAAAAUGAGGCGGUUCUGCCGCUGCCCUCUCGCCCUGGGACCCUGCUGCCCCUGAGCCCCGCUCCCCAGCGUGCUCGCGCAGUCCCUGCUGAGGGCCUGGCCUUGAAAGCCGGACUCCAGCGGAGCAGCAAAACCAGAAAAGAUACCGCAGCGGUCACCACAGACCCUCCCCUCUCGGUCACCCUGGAUUCUGCAGGCACAGCUCCAACCCACGGCAAAAAUCCUCAGGUGGCAUCGCCAGGCCCACUGUCCUCCCCACAGUUGUGGGGAGACGGAAUCAGUGUGGCCGACUCAGCUCUGAAGACACCCGGACCGCGGGCCCCGCCCUGGCGCUCACAGAUGGAGCCCCCCCCAGGCUCCUCCUCAGAUGCGAAGCCCACAGCUGCUGUCGCCCCUCGGACCCCUGCUUCUCCCACGUCACCGGCCGCUGACCGGACGCGGCCCUUGAACCCACCUGCCGUUAUCCCGGCAGUGCCCUCUACACGAAGGACUUUGUUUGGAACGGUGAGGAGACCAGGUCGCCAUCUUUCCGGGUCUGCACCUCCUGCUGCAACUUCUGCUGACCCCGCAUCAAAACCCAGUUUGGGGCCUCGACCCAGCCGCGAGACUGAGGACGACGCCUUACCUUCCAGAAUCUCAGUCACGGCUGCGGCACGUUCACCCUCAGACAUCUCCAUGCCCACCUUCAAGCCCACCUUUGGCAGCACAGAACAGCUUAAAAGUAUGCCCGAGGCAGCUCCGUUCCCUUCCAAGCAGACCUCUCCUCCAGCUCCUCCGGCUUCUGCCCACCUCUCCCACAGCCUGGCCCAGGCUGCCUCUGAGGCCACGUCCAGUCCCCCAGGGAGCACAUCCAGAGGCUCCUCUUUCAAGCCACCUCUGGAUGUGGGUGUCGCAGAAGUUACCAGUACCGUGGGCAACACCCACUCUGUCCCUUCCGCUGCUCACACGUUCCUCUUCCGGGCUUCCCGUGCCUUCAGGACCAGCCUCUCCCCAGUCACAGGCUUCGUUGUCCCGUCUCCCCAGCACCCUGCCAUUCCUGUGGGAAACUCAGGCGACCUCCUUAGCCAGAGUGCUGCCCAGACACCCCCUAGUAAAAGCGCUGCCAGUCUCAGGGGCCAGGGCAGCCCUGUGUCGGCCUCAGCCCUUGUCACCACAAGCCAGCCCACACCGUCACCCGGCAUCUCCAAUCUGACCUCACUAUUCACAGUUCCUCUGGGGUCAAGCUCAAAGCCACCUCUCCCGCCAUCCCUGGGAGCCCCUCCCCAGCCUGCUUUGGGGGCUGCAGGUGAGCAAAAGCCAGGGGCCCUCCAACCAGCCCUUGCCCCAAGCUUCAGUCGCGCUUCUGUCUUUGGAAACUCAGCUGUGGCAUCCCGGUCCCCAACUCCAGCUCUGCCGGCCUUCAGCAGCCCCAUGCAGUCAGCUUCCGGGGUGUUGGCACCCUCAGGCCCUGCCUCCCACAUCCCUGCCAGCGUCCAGCCAGACGUAGGCAGCCCUGCAGCAGGCUUGCCCCUUGGUCAAGCUGGUGCCACUGGCGUUGGAGCUGACACCCCGACCCGCCGGAGUGGGGCUUGUGGCUCAGUAUUUGGCAGCACAGCCCCACGACCAUUUGCCUUUGGGGGAUCAGUGACCCCUAUGGAUUGUGGGGAGUCUGGGGUCCCAAACAUGAGCUCUAGGUCUGGGGUGCUGUCCAUUGGAGCAAUGCCGAGUGGGGCCACUCAUACUGGUGCACCCUUUGGAAAAGGCUGGAGUCAGAACACCCAGGGCCUGACCAGCCAGAGCACCCCUUUUGCCUUGGGGAAGGCCGGCAUUUCUGGAAGAAAGACUGUGUUUGGGGGUUCCCCCUUGGUCCCCUUAGCUCAGAGCAUCCCUGACCCUAGGCCAGUAAAGACAGGCAGUAGCUUUGUAUUUGGGAUUCCCUCUCCACCUGCCAAGAGCUCCGUUGGGAGAGGGUCUUUUAAAUCAUCAGCCCCUUCAUUUUCCAUUGGUGCAAAACCAAAAAGCCCCAAAUAUCGGGAACAAGGGCAUCCCCGAAGGCACCAUGCCCUCAAGAAAUAG